AUGUCAGGGCGCCGCCAAAGCCUCACCGAGCGUAUCCACAGCCUCGUCGGAAGUCGACGCAGCUCACAACCAGGCAGUCCACCGGAAGACCAAGAUUACACCUUAUACAUCGGCAGACGACGAGAACCAACACUCACAGGUGAAGGCGACUUCGCAAUAAUCCUACACGGCCAAAAGAGCAAAAGCUGCGAGUGGACGUACAAGGGCAUAAACGGCCAGGGGGAGUGGGAGACCGUGCGGAACUCACAGCCGGGUUUUCUACUCUGCGAUAAACUGACGAAGAAGACGAAAGUAGGGGUUAUCAAGGCCGGCGAUCGGAUAAAGCUCGAUGCAGCGAUCCGGGAUGCUGAGAAACGGGGGGCGAUGGACAAGAAUCUUGGGGAGGGUGGGGAGUUGGGUCCGGGCAAGGGAUUUGCUGUUCGUGUUCUUCUCUACUGUUGUCGUCGUAGGAUACUGGCCUGGGAUGAUGUGCAGAGUACGCUUCGUGCCUUUGGGGUGAAGGAUGAUGGGCAGCUUUAUAUGCUCCCGCCUGGGCGGUAUCUUUCACCUAGUGAGAAGGCGGAUUAUUAUGAGGAUAUGUGGAAUUAG